AGCACAGCAGCAGUACAGCACACCACCCACCAACCAACUCGAACCACAAAGACCCGGUCAACAGACUCAUCCACAUACAUCCAUACCCAACCGCCGCUCAACAGCCAAGGAAAGAGACAGCUUAUAACUCACAGGAUGGCUGAAGAACUCAACAACCCACCAGUCGAACAGGCAGAGGAACCACUCUUCGACGCAACACUCAAGAAGAAGAAGAAGAAAAAGGCAGUCGCAUUCGAUGAACUGGAUUCACAACUAGACAAUGCAGCCGAGCAGCCUACCUCGAUCACCACUUCCAAGACUGAAGAGCCUGUCUCGAUCUUGAAAACAACAGAAGCCGAACCAAGCUCAAAAGCUCCCGAACCUGCUGCGAGCGGCGAUUUAGAUUUCAGCGAUCUCAAACGGAAAAAGAAGAAGAAAACAGUCACCUUGGACCUCGAUGAGGACGAGCUGAACGUGGCUGAUGAGAAGGAUAAAUCGGCCAGCACUGCGACUGCUGCCGAAGAUGCUGCUGCUGCUGAAGAAUUUGCUGACUUGAAAAAGAAGAAGAAAAACCAAAAGAAAGCGUUCGAUCUAGAAGCAUUCGAACGUGAGCUAGCUGAAGUCGAGGGUGGGAUCAACAAAUCUGAAGCCAAGGAAGGCGAUCCAUCAGGUGCUGAUGGUGACGACCCACCUGAGGAUGGCCUCUUUGGCCAAGCCGAUGACGAGGCUAUCGGCGAGAGCGAAAAGAGUAAAGCCCAGAUGGCUGCCGAGAAGAAGGCUUGGUUGAAGGAACCCGAUCGUGAUUACACUUAUGAUGAGCUUCUGGGUCGUUUCUACCAAGCCCUUUACCUCUCUCAUCCUUCCUUAUCCGGUGGUGGUGCUAAGAAGCGAUACACCCUUGCACCGCCCUCAGUUCAUCGAGAAGGUAACAAGCGAUCGAUCUGGGCAAACGUGGCCGAGAUCUGCAAAAAAAUGCACCGACAACCGGAACAUGUGAUCCAGUUCUUGUUUGCUGAAUUGGGUACGAGUGGUAGUGUCGACGGUAACGGGAACUUGGUCAUCAAAGGUCGCUUUCAACAAAAACAGAUCGAAAACGUUUUACGUCGUUAUAUUGUCGAAUACGUGACUUGUAAGACAUGUAAAUCACCAGAUACUUUGUUGGAGAAAGACAAUCGAUUGUAUUUCGUAACCUGUGAAUCGUGCGGUUCCAAGCGAUCAGUAUCAGCCAUCAAGACCGGUUUCUCAGCCCAAAUCGGAAAGAGAAAAUCUCAAAGAGCAAAUUAGUUUAUUUACUUUUUUUUUGCUUUUCUUACUUUUUUUCACCUUGGGAAAGAAUUUUUCUUCGAUCUUCUUUCUCUUGUUUCUCAUUGGUAAUACAACUGGUCCCUUAUUCAAUCCAACCAUGAUUGUCUCAGUUGUAUUCAUAUUGUUUUUCCUAAGUUAUUUUUUUGAAUGUUAAUAUAAUUUGCAUAUAGUUAUAUAUGAAAUUUAUAUUAGUAUUGUUUUUUUUCCCGACUAUGUUGGUUGAGAUUGAAGAAAGAGUGAACCAGAGAUGUGUAGCAGUAGAUGUCUGGAAUUAAGUAAUGGUAUGACCAUGUACGUUUCGUCUCUGCAUUGAUGAAUUAAACAUUUUGGGACUAAGGGGGACCUUCACGAACAAUACGCUCAUAAUCGUGCUCAUCUA